AUGUUGCGAUCACUGAGUCUUAAACCCUCUUCUUUGCUUCUCAAAUUCAAUUUCAACACGAGUUCUCUUCGGAGUAGAGUUCUAAACACGCAAGCAUUCUCCUCCGCAGUUUCACCGCCGUCGAAAGCGAUCGUAUACGAGGCGCACGGCCAACCAGACGCAGUGACGAAACUGGUGACUCUCCCGGGUGCGGAAUUGAAAGAGAAUGACGUCUGCGUGAAGAUGCUGGCUGCUCCGAUAAACCCUUCCGACAUUAACAGGAUACAAGGCGUAUAUCCCGUGAGGCCAGAACCCCCUGCAAUUGGUGGUUAUGAAGGCGUCGGAGAGGUUUACUCCGUUGGCUCCGCCGUAACGUCUUUCUCUCCCGGCGAUUGGGUUAUUCCCUCUCCACCUUCUGCUGGGAUGUGGCAGACAUACGUUGUGAAGGAUCAGAAUGUGUGGCAUAAGGUAAACAAGGGUGUGCCUAUGGAAUAUGCUGCUACAAUUACUGUCAAUCCUCUCACUGCUCUUCUCAUGCUUGAAGAUUGCGUUACUUUGAACACAGGAGAUGCUAUUGUGCAAAAUGGGGCUACCAGCAUGGUUGGCCAGUGUGUCAUUCAGCUUGCAAAAUCUCGUGGCAUUCACAGCAUUAAUAUUAUACGGGACAGGCCUGGGGUUGAUGAAGUUAAAGAAAGACUUAAGCAUUUGGGUGCUGAUGAAGUUUUCACCGAAAAUGAAUUGGAAGUGAAGAAUGUCAAGAGUCUUCUGGAUGGUAUACCUGAACCUGCACUUGGAUUUAACUGCGUUGGCGGCAAUUCUGCUUCUCUGGUUCUCAAAUUUUUAAGGCGGGGAGGAACUAUGGUGACAUAUGGUGGAAUGUCUAAAAGACCUGUCACUGUAUCAACGUCAUCCUUCAUAUUUAAGGAACUUUCGUUGAGGGGUUUCUGGUUGCAGAAUUGGUUGAACACAGAUAAAACUGAAGAGGGCAGAAGAAUGAUAGACAGGCUUUUGGGUCUUGUACAAGAUGGAAAGUUAAAAUACAAGAUGGAAUUGACUCCCUUUGACGAUUUCAAUACAGCAUUGGAUAAAGCUCUAGGAAAACUUGGGAGCCAACCCAAGCAAGUGAUCAAAUUUUAA